GAGAGCAAAGAGCUCAAGAGACGGAGCUCGCAUGGUAUUGGUGACAGAGAUUUUUAAAUAAACACGCAAUCGUUCGCCGACGAUGAAAAAAAUGCUGCUGCCCCUCCUCAUCCCCAAUCUCCACCACCGCCAACGCCAACGCCAGCAACUACCAAAAUGGGCCUUCUAUCAAACAUUUCCAGGCCUGCCAAUCGCUCCCCUUCCUCAUCCUUCUUCAUUCCCCGCUUCUUUGUCGUCGUUGCCGCACUCUCUUUCACCAUCCUCCUCUUCUUCGAGGUGGAUUCAUUUGUGCAGAGCUUCGUUUCAAGCACCAAAACAAUUGCCGGACACAACUUGGAACCCACACCAUGGCAUCCUUUCCCGCCAAAACCAUCCUCCUUAGACCAAGAAUCCAAGUACUCGGUCGCUUCCAAAAUUCUGCAGUGUUCUUACCUUUCUUGUGGUCGCAGCACCACAGAUAACACUUCACAGCAUAACCCGCCAAAACAUGAUCUUUCCAAAAGCGAAAGCUGUCCUGAUUUUUUUAAAUACAUACACAGGGAUUUGGAGCCCUGGACUAAGUCUAAGAUCUCUGCGAGGCACAUUAUGGGGGCUCAAAAUUUUGCAGCUUUUAGGAUUCUGAUAAUUGGUGGUAAAUUGUAUGUGGACUUAUAUUAUGCCUGUGUACAGAGCCGGGCAAUGUUCACUAUUUGGAGUUUCUUGCAGCUUCUUAGGAGGUACCCUGGCAAGAUUCCAGAUGUGGAUUUGAUGUUUGAUUGUAUGGAUAAGCCAACUAUUAAUCGCACUGAGCAUGCUUCGAUGCCUCUACCAUUGUUUCGCUAUUGCACGACACCAGCACACUUUGAUAUUCCGUUCCCUGAUUGGUCUUUCUGGGGUUGGUCAGAAAUCAAUAUACAGCCAUGGGAAGAAGAAUUUAGAAGCAUUAAAGAAGGUUCACAAGCUCACAGUUGGCGAAAGAAGUCGCCUAUAGCAUACUGGAAAGGAAACCCUGAUGUUGCUUCUCCUCUUAGGAUGGCGUUGCUUCAAUGCAAUGACACUGAGAUGUGGAGAGCACAAAUAAUGCGACAGGACUGGGGAGAAGCGGCAAGAGGAGGUUUUAAGCAGUCAAAACUAUCAGAUCAGUGUAACCAUCAGUACAAGAUCUAUACUGAAGGAUACGCUUGGUCAGUGAGCUUGAAAUACAUUCUGGCAUGUGGUUCAGUUCCACUUAUAGUAUCACCAGAAUAUCUAGAUUUUUUCAGUCGUGGGCUGACUCCGCAGAAAAAUUAUUUGCCGGUUCGUCCAUCUGAUUUGUGCUUGUCUAUAAAGCUUGCUGUUGAGUGGGGCUAUGGACAUCCUGAUAUGGCUGAAGCAGUGGGAAGAGCUGCCCAAGAUUUCAUUGGAAAUUUGACGAUGGAUAGGGUCUACGAUUACAUGUAUCAUCUCCUAGUGGAAUACUCGAAGCUGCUGGAUUUCAGACCUCGUCAACCUCCUGCUGCCAUGGAGGUGUGCGUGGAUUCAGUGCUCUGCUUUGCUGAUGAGAAUCAAAGACGAUUCCUUAGAAAGUCGCUUGCUUUCCCCUCUUCAUCACUCCCUUGCUCGAUUUAGCUUUCAAGUGGCAACGUUGAUCACCAUUGAUAGGGAUAACAAACAAGUUUACAUCAUACUGAGGGUGGAGUCACAGAAAUGCGCAGUUUGGCAUUUGCUUUUUUGGUCAUACAGCUUCUGUAAGUUUAUAAGUUGAGCAGAAGGAACGAUAGAGAGUAUAAGUUGUUAGCAGUCCAAGCUAAUUCCAGCCUUGGCCCCUUUUCAUUGGAUUGGACAAAGAUCUUUAGAAUCGUGAAAGAAAAAUCAGAAACAAACGGAAAGAGUAGAGGGAUAAGUUCACCGAAAAUGCGUUCAGAUAGACAAGUAGUGCUUCUUUUCUUUUGACUGUUUAUUAAUUAGUUCAGUUAUUCUUUAUUUAUCAUUAUUAUUAUUA